AUGGAGGAGGAAACGUACGCAGACGACUUUGGGGACGAUGACGAGCUUUUCCGGGAGUACCUCGAGGAAGGUGUGGCGUUGGAACCGAUCUCAGCAAGGGAAGCGGGCGCUGAAGCUGGCGCCAGCACCGCCGUUGGUGGGCAGCCUGACGCCAACGGUGGACUGGCCGAAACUGCGAAGGAGUCCAAGCAGGCUGAGCGGGGCCUCAAGGGACCUGGGCCACAGCGGGGGAUACCUGCCGCGUACUUUGAGGAACUUGGCACAGCUGGCGCAGUCACGGAGGACGCUCGGCGGCAUGGCGGCCGAGGAGGAGGGCAACGCAGCGGCGCCGGCCGCGGCGGCGGCGGCAGCCCUGGAGCGCAGCAGCCUGGUGUCGGCAGCCGAGGUCCCGGUCUGGGGCUCAUGCCCGGACCCCGCGGCCUCCCACCCGGCAUGCGACCUGCCAUCUUAACCCCAGUGCCAUUGCCCGGUGGCCUCAUGCCUCCCCCCCCGGGCAUGGGGCGCCUGCCCAACGGCAUGCCAGUACCCCUACCCAUGCAGCUGCAAAUGCAAAUGCAGGCUAGGGGCCCCAUGGGGCUCAUGGGACAGAUAAUGUCGGGCCGUGGCGGUGUACGGCCCAACGGUGCCGCUGGGGGCCCAGUCAUGAUGCAUGGCGUUACCGGCGGUCCUGCUAGCGGAGGCAGGGGAGGGAGAGGAGGCCUGGGGCGGGGUGCAGCUUUUGGCGGCCCGGGAUCUGGCGGGAGCCUCAUGAUGCAGGGUCGAAGCGGGGGCGCCAUCGCUGCCGCCCCCGCCGGCAGCCGCCUUGGGCCUGGUAGGCCGCCCCUGAUGUCGCCGCCGCCGCCGCCACCACCUGCGAGACCAGCGGGGAGUUUUGGGGGGCCCCGCGUCCGGGGACCCCCUAAUGCACCCCAGCCGGGCGGGCCCCAUCCUGGGGUGCUUCCCGGGCCACUGCCGGGUGGGGGUGGGGGUGGGGGUGCAGGUGCAGGUGCCCUGGAGCAGCAGCAGCAGCUGCUGGCGGCUGUUGCUGCUGCUGCUGCCGGUGGAGGCAGUGGGCUGCCAGCUAUGGAGGUGAUGCGGCAGCAAAUGAUGCGGGCGGCGGCGGCUGCAGGGGCAGGCAACGCGCCCAUGCUGGCCAACAUGGCGGCUGCUGCGGGGCUCACCAACCCUGCCAUGACGUACAUGUUGCGAGCGCUUCAGCAGCAGCAGCAGCAGCAGGGCCCGGCAGCAGGCGGGAUGCUUGGGAUGGCGGACGGCUUGGCAGCGGGGGCAAAAGCUGCAGGGCUGGGGUCUGCUGGCGGCGGCUUUGUUGACGCUGACUCGAAGAAGAUGCAAGAUGAAGAGGCGGGACUGGGUCGCCCACCUCCUGUUGGCCUGGAGUUGGACAUGCCCAGCAUAUUCCGUGAUGCCCCCCGUGUGGGUUUAGACGUGGGGGCGAUGGAGAGGGAGCAGGAGGGGUUGGGGGGGGCUGGCGAAGCCGGGUCGCGUCUGAGCUCCGGCCGCGGCCAAGGGGAGGGUGCUGCGGCGAUGAGCGGCGGGAGGGGCGGAGCGCUGCUGUCGUCCGAGCAGCCGCCACCACCUCGGCAACACCCCCUGAGGCAACCCUCGCCGGACGGCCUUCCCUCGCACCUCCGGGGUGCGGUGGCGGGUUUCGGAGCCAGCCCCCAACAGCUGCUGCAGGAGCACCACCACCACCAUCAACAGCAGCAGCAGCACGACAGCCAGCAGCAGCUGCACAUGCGAGCGAGGGAGGAAGGGGCCGAGGGCACAGGUGGUUGGGGUUCCUCCGAGGGUGAACAGCCGCAGCGGCAGAUGAUCUUGAACCCACCAUCGCUGCGAACAAACGGACCCAUGCCUCCCUUGCAGCAGGCGGUCCGGCAGUCCAGGUGCCUCUCCCCAUGGCCGCUGGGCGGUCAGGUGCCGCCAAACGGCCACACUCGCCGGGGAGCUGGUCCGGGAUCCCUACCGGGGGGGAGGCCCUUAGAGAAGCAGCAGGAGGGCGCGGAGGGGGGUCCUGGGGUGUGGGACUGGCGGCCGUGGAGCGGGGAGGUGGAGCUGGUAGGAGGUGGAAGCCUUGCGGACGGGGAGGACGGAGAUACAGCAGCAGUGACAGCAGCACCGGGCGGGCGGGUGGAGGCGGGGGGGUUGGUGGCGGAGGGGGACAUGGGGGUGUCUCAUCCGGAGGGGCUCUUGGCAGCGGCCGCGGAGGCAGACCCGCUCCAGCCCCAGGGCCAGGCAGUGGAUGAGUGGGCCGUGUCCAGCUGUACCUGCCCUCCCAACCUGCACCUCACUCAUCGCAAUGGGCUCAGUCGGGAACUAGCUGGGGUCCGCAAGCCGGGCCGGGUACGGGGACCUACCUUGUCCGACCCGCGGGUCUGUUCUGGCAAGACAUGGCUCUUCCCUCUUCCGGGUCGGGAGCCCUCGAUGCCUCCGCGGGACCUGGCCCUGCCCCGACCAGCGUACGGCACAAGUGGGACACCCACCUCGGCGGCUACCAUCACAGGGCCGACUUCCUCAUCUGCGAAUGGUGUCGGUGUGGGCGUCCUGAGCCACGCAGCUGUCGGUGCGCCCACCGCGCCCACGCUGCCCUUGGCGGCAGUGGCGGCGGCGGCCACGGCCGCAUCAUCCGCCGCCGCUGCCGCGGUCGUGAGUAGUCAGGUGCUUCAGAAGACGGAGGACGCCAUUGCUCUCAUGAAGCGAGUCAUAGCGCUGGAGGAGGCGCGACUGAAGCAGCAGCAGCUGCUUAAGAAGCGCAAGAAGGCGGCCACGGCGACUGCUGCGGCGACAACAGCUACAGCGGCGGGAGUGGAGAAAACUGGAGGGCCCGAAGUUACAGCCAAGGCUGCUAAGCCGGGGGGCCCCGCGGCCGCAGUCGCCGGUGUCGGUGUCGGGGGUGCAACCGCGAGCACGUCCUCAGCACCACGGCCAUCACCGCCGGCGAAAACCGCCCACGAGGCCGCAGCGGGUGCCGCCAGCGGGGGCGCGUCACUACCCUCCGCAAAGCGGCAACGGUCAAACAGCACAGCCGGGGACAGUCAGCAAGCGGCGGUGGCCGCAACCGCCGUGGCAGCAAAGGGGCGAAUGGAGAGAGGGUCGCCCCUGACCCCUACCCCAGCUACCACCUCGGCCGCACGCCCAUCGACUAAUGGCGCGGCACCGCAGCCUCGUAAUGGCACCCCCAUGAACCGGACACAGGAAACCGUGCAGGAGCCGUACAUCUUUGAGGAUGACGGUACGGGACUGUACGACGAGCACUACGAGCAGCACCAGAACCAGCAGCACCCCCCCCACGCAGGUGCGGGACUGGACGCCAUCACCCGGGGGGGUGGGGCCGUGGUGAGGAAUGGAGCACAAGGCGGUGCAGGCGCCGGACCGUCCGUGGUUGUGGCGGCUGGUGGGGAGACGGCGGCGGCGGAUGAGGCGUACAAAGAUGGCAGUGCUGGCAGGCGAGGUGGUGGCGGUGGUGGGGGUAAUCCUAGCGCCCGAUAUCAACAACAAGAGCAACAUCUACAGCUUCAACAACAGCAGCAGCAGCAGGAACAGGAAGAGGAACAAAUGCAACAGCUUGUUGACGAGGCUGACGGCGGCACCUACGACGACGAUGACCUGCUGCUGAGCGACGACCUGCCCGCCGAGUUGGAGGGGGACGACACCGCGGACUGGGAGGCGCUCUCGGAACCGGCGAGAGGGCCCCCGGCAACUGCAGGGACAGCGGCGACCGGGGGAGGGGCAGUCAAACGUGGCAGGGAGGGCUCCAGUGAGCAGGCGGAGAGGCAGCAGAUGCAGGGAGCUCAGCGCCAACGUACCUGCUGA